UCGAAUGCAUACGGACGAGGUCCUGUCUGGCUCAAGGGAGAGUUUUUAUGGGUCACAUCAAACCAGGAUUUGUUGUGCUGGUCACAUUGAUAUUUUUGUCUAUUAUUGCUUAUAUUUAUGAUUUCUCUCUCAUGCCAGUCACUCUCCCUCUCACCUGGUUUAACAAUGCAAAACAAACUAAAUUAUACAAUGCAGUGUCUGAGGGCUUGUCUGGCAAAAUAAAUGUCUGGAAUUUUUCAACUAAAACUAUUGAAACGUCUACCACAGAGAAAAAACCCACUGCAUCCAUUAGAACAGAAGACAUUUCAGUUCACCAAUAUCUAGCACAUCCAAGCAAUUAUCAUUUCAUUCUGGACGAACCUGAUAAAUGCAAGCAGGAUCCGUUCCUGGUCUUGAUGGUCCCUGUGGCCCCCCAUCAGCUGGAGGCUCGUAAUGCCAUCCGCAGCACAUGGGGGAAUGAGAGCUCAGUGCAGGGAAAAGCAGUGCUGACUCUGUUCUUGGUGGGUUUGACUGGAGGAGCCGAAGCUCAACAGCAGCUGGAGGAAGAGAGUCGACAACACAGAGAUUUACUGCAGAGCAACUUUGUGGACUCCUACUUCAAUCUGACCAUAAAGACCAUGGUGAUCAUGGACUGGUUGGCCACUCGUUGCCCUCAAGCAGCUUAUGCUAUGAAGGUUGAUGCUGACAUGUACAUAAACCUGGAGAACCUGAUGACCCUCCUGUUGGCACCCAACACACCCAGACAGAACUACAUCACAGGGUAUUUGAUGUGGAACCAGUUUGUCAUCAGAGACAAAAACUCUAAAUGGUACGUUCCAGAGGAGCUGUACCCCGAAUCAAAAUACCACACGUAUGUGCUUGGAAUGGGAUAUGUUUUCUCCAAUGACCUUCCUCCUAAAAUAUUGGAGGCUUCUGAAGCCAUAAAGCCCUUUAACAUAGAGGACGCGUAUGUGGGCGCUUGUCUGAAACGGUUGGGCAUAAAUCCCUCUGGCGCUCCAGAUCCUUCUCAGUUUCGUACCUAUGUGAAUGAUCCUAAAAGUACGGACCUUUCCAAGCUCAUUACAGCAAUUGCGGGGUCACCGGAGAAGGUAAUAGAGUUCUGGCAAAAUGUGAAGGGACACGAAUGAACAGAUAAACCCGCACACAAGGAACAGGAAUGAGCAAAAUGAAGACACAAUGUGUCUUUUUUA